AUGCAACAGCAUCGGAAACAACAACUGAAAGAAGCUAAAAUGCUUCAUGCUACAGUGAAUGCUGUUGACUUAUACCUGUCAGAGCUUUUGGAGGACAUUCGCGCGUCUUCUGACGCAAUCAAAAAGCUGGAUACAUCAGAGAACAAAUUCGAGAACACGUUGUCUCAAGCAAUAAAAAAAACUGGAAAAAAUGCAUGA